AUGCCACCGAAACGUCCCGCCCCCGACACCGCCGACACCGAUGCCACCCUGAUGCCCCCGCCCCCGCCCGCCACAACAUCGUCCAAGCGCCGCCGCACCACCCACACCCACAGCACGCCCAGCACCACCGCGCCGCCCUCGCUGUUCUUCACCAUCCCGCUGCCGCCGCCCUACAUCGCCUCCUCCUCCCCUGAGCCUCCUAGCGACGGCCAGUUCACAGCCUUCCUCCACAGCGCAAUCACCACGCUGCCACCCCCCACACAGGCGCUCUACGAAGCUGCGAUGCGGAGCUUGCGACCGGAGGUCACGCCGGAGCUCACGGGUGAGAUGCAAGCGAGUGUCGUGAGUGCGGUGACGGGGUUUGUGGUGCAUUUACCGGCUACGGAGUGGGAGGGGGAUGGGGGGGAGGGGGGCUUCUUAACCCGCCUCGCACACAAAACGGUAACAGGGCGGGAGCUGGUGACGUGGGCGGACACGAUUACGGUAGCGCUGAGGGCAUUUAGUGGCACUGGUGGCAGCCCUGCGCCUUCGCGGGCUUCCUCUCGUGAGUCCUCGCGCUCACCGACUCCUACACAGAGCUCGAACCAUGCAACCCCUUCUCCGCCGACGCCGACUCGCACACCCGCGCCACCCUCCUCCUCCACGCACAGCCACCGCUCCUCAAGUUCCGGUCGCUCCGCGACCCUCCGCGCCUCGACGCUAGCGCGCGACACCCAGCGCUGCGUGCUCACAGCUAUAAGCGAACCCACCGCGCUCGAAGUGGCGCACAUCAUUCCGUUCUCUGUCCGCGGAGCCAAGGCGGCUGCGUUCUGGGGUUUCUUGGCGCUCUUCUUGGGUGUCGAGGGUGCGGAGAGGGUGAGGGGGGCUACGUUACAGUUGGCAAACGGAGCGGGAUCGGAGGCAAGGGGGGGGAGGGAAGCGGGGGUGGGCGAGUUGGCGAACUGUAUAACCCUCGAACCGCGCGCACACAGAUACUUUGAUGCUGGCGCGAUCGAGAUGGUACCGAUCCCUAACACCGGCAAUUGGAGUGGUGGCUACGACCCUAGUGUCGUCUCUAGCUACGACAUAAGACUCUCCUUCCCCGGCCGGUCCCUUCUUCCUCUCUCCCGCUACGUCUACUCCUCCAGCACGCCGCCCGAGCUAUUGUCAAGCACGCAGAUCACCCCCGGCGACGUCAUCACGCUGACCACCCCCGACCCUUCCCGAUGGCCGCUCCCGCACCCCCUGCUGCUGCAGCUGCAUGCGCUGUGUGGGCGCGUAAGGCGCUUACGCGCUGCUGCGGGAUGGCCGGUAUUUCCGUAUGGGGACGGGAGUGAAGAAGCGGUGGGCUGGGGCGAGGAGGAGGAGGGGUGGGAGGAGGGGGGUGAGGAGCAGGCGGGUGUAGAGGGCCUGUGUGGGGAGGAGCAGGGAAAGGUGGCGGACAGCGGGAUGGUCUCUCCCGCGGAGAGUGUGCAGGGGUGGGUGCUUAGUUUUAGUCCUGACGUUGACCGCGCGCUGGGCUUGGAUGGUGGCAAUAAGAGCGCGAAACGGAAAUUUAGAACUGCCUUGGGGGAAGAGAGGGAGGGGGGGGUGGCAGCGGGGGAGGAUGGGGAUAAGGUGCAGGAGCGGCCGAGGAAGGUGGCGGUUGUGAUGGACGAGAUGGGGAUGAGGGAGGAGGAGAGGUGGGGGCUGGUGAAAGGGAGGAGGGCGAGGGGGGUCUGA